AUGUCUAAGCUUUCUCAACUGCUGAAUGCUAAACGAACAAAUCAACAGAAUUCUUCUUUGUCAGAGUCUUCCGGGAAAUUAACUUCUCUCUUAAAAUCUCCGUCUUCUUCUUCGGAACAAGAGCAUACUGCAUCUGUGGAUACCGUGCAUACGACAUCCAAUGCAGCUGCAGAAUCAUCUGCUUCUACUCCGCAGCCUAAUGGUCUUUCGAAAUUAGCUGCAUUGGCUGCGCAGAAAAAAAAGAAUGAAAACACGGAAGAGACAGCUAACAAGCGUUCUCUACCAUCUUCCUCUUCCUUGCAAACAGACUCCAACUCUAAGGAUUCUUACGACAAAGAGCAAUUACUACAACGAUUCCGCAAAGUACGAAUUGCCGAAUCAAAAGAACCUAAUGAGAAACCCAGUCUUGUCCAUCGUCAAGAACAACAGACCCCUACUCGAGAUACAAAAUUAAAUAUAAAUGAAGAUGAUUUCGCUUCUCCAUCCCAAACCUCGUCCGCCCAUCUUUUCUCAUCUUCACCUACAUCUUUGAUGGCCUCCCCAUCCGUAUUUGCUCGAUGUCUAACGGGUGCUAAAAAGAAGGCUCUGCAAAAUGAGAUUAAAGUAAAUUUAAAGAGAAGCUCUAUUCUUGGCUUCAACACACCAAGUCCUGAUGACCUUGUUUUGAUGGCCCAAUCGAAAUCCAAGGGUUUUCAAAAACACAGUAAAAGAGACAAGGCCUUGCAUGAUUCUCUCGAACAAUUCAAGGCUGCUAACCUUCAACAAGCCUCAAAUUCCACGACUUCGCCGAUAUCAACGAAAGAUGUGUUGAUUGAUAAAGAAAAGUUGUUGGAAAUCUCAAAAGAGGUAAAACCAACAACGCGUCUUUCCAUUUUCGGUCCUCCAAAGGUCGGUAAGAAGACGCUUUUAGCUCGGCUUUUAUAUCAAGUAGGAGCUCUCGACAUUAAGUUAAUGCAGAGAUGCGCCCUUUUAAAUUCUAGAAAAGAAAACUUUUCCUCUGUCCUCGAUCGUGAUGCUUCAGGCCUUUAUCAAUUUGAAACGUUUUCGCAUAAUUACUUAUCUUCCCUUUUUGCCUUACCCCUUCAAGAUCUUGCAUCCUUCGCCCCUUUCCUACAAACAACAGAUAUUGUAAUCGUUAUUAUCCAUGCAAAGUACCCAUUAGAUGAAAUAGAAAGCAUUGUUUAUUUGCUACGAUUAUGUUACGGAGAAAAAAUUAGGGACGUUCUUUUUGUUGUAACUCAAAUGGACCAGGUUUCUUGGCAAGAAGAGCAGUACCAAUUUGCUGUCUCUUCUAUCACGACUUGUUUGAAAGAUACCCAUGGGAUUACCGUUUCACCGUCCUCAUUUAUACCGGUUAGUGGAUUCAAGGGAGACAAUGUGACCACUCUUUCCUUUGGAACAUUACAAUCAUGGUAUGGUUCUGAUACUUUACUGGGAAAAAUUGACGAAUUGUCCGAUAACUCUACGGACGAAAAGAUCCAACUGCAACAUCUUCCCUUGUCGUUGUCGAUCACAUCUUGGUCUUUACUCCCCGAAAACAAGAUUAGAGCAGAAUUUUACGUACACUCUGGUAUCCUUCAAGCGCACCAAAGUAUUUACACUUCUGUCGGAAAGAUUGAGACAAAAGUUCAUGGUAUCAAAUUACGCCAACAUGAAAGAACAUGGUGCUUGCCUGGUGAACAGACAGAAAUGCAUCUAACCUCUCUACCGAAUUUAUUGAAUGGGACCCUUUGUGUUGAUGAAGAAAAUUCCUAUCAUUUAUCCAGAAAUGCAUAUAUUACUGUAUUUUCGAUUGAUUCAUCUCUCAAAGCGCAGAAUCCUGUCUAUGUGAAUGCCUUCUUUGGUGCUUUCCGUAUGAGUGGUAAAGUCUUUUUAUACUCUGAAGGGAAAGAGAAUGACAUGGCGUUGCGCGGUAUAGAAUUUCACAGUAAGGAUCUUCUCUUACUUCGAUUAGAGUUGGAUCAGUCCGUUCCCCUUGUAGAACAUAACAACGUACCUUCUCUUAGUCGGUUACUAUUACUUUCCAAAGAAGAGAACGCUUUAUUGGCCUCUGGAGUGGUACUGUCUGUUCAAAAAUAG